AUGGUAUCGAUAGCUUUCUUAGGCUCAAAGGCGCGACACGUGGCUAUGCUAGAUUAACGCUGGUCCAGCGCGGUCGUCGUUUCUCGAAAAAAACUGCAGCAAAAAAAUUAAUAUUCCGGGGAUUGAUAGCAAAUAAUUAGCAAAAAAAUAUGCCGCAAGAAUGGUAUCGAUAGCUUUGUUACCUACUGUGAUACAACAUGUGGCUACGUUAGGUUAAUAUUGAGCUACAGCAGCCACAGUUUUUCGAAAACGGCUGGGGCAAAAAAAUUAAUAUUCAGUGGAUUAAGAGCAAUAAAUUAGCAACAAAAUAUGCCGCAAGAAUGGUAUUGAUAUCUGUCUUACGUACAGAGAUACAAUAAGUGGCUACGCCAGCUUAAUAUUACGGCAGCGUAGCCAUUGUUUCUCAAAAACGGCUGGAGCAAAAAAAUUAAUUCUUUGGCAAAUAAUUAGCAAAUAAAUCGCAAAAAAAUAUCGUAUUAAUUUUGCUUUGGCCUUUUCAAAUGGCUACGCCAGCUUAAUAUACGUAGUGGGAACACUGUGUCACUCCAGUAUUACACAAUAUUUACCCAACAAGAAGCAUCAUAAAUGGGGUAUUAAGUUUUGGAUGUUAUGUGAUGCAAUAUCAAAAUAUUGUGUAGCAUUUUAUUGUUAUAAAGGUGCACAAUCAAAGAAUUCGCAAAAUGGGCUUGGUUAUGACGUUGUAACAAAAUUAUUGCAAGAUGCUGAUUGUUUAGAUAAAGGAUAUCACGUAUAUGUUGAUAAUUAUUUUACAAGCACUGCGUUAGCCAAAUUUUUACAUUCAAAAAAUACUUAUAUAACGGGAACAAUCAGGAGAAAUAGGAAAGAUAUCCCCAAGGAAGCUAAGGAAUUAAAAGUUGGAGAAACGAAAUAUUUUCGCAAUGCCGAGGUACUUCUAUGUGCACAUCGUGAAAAAAAGAGUUCAAAGAACCCCGUUUUGUUAAUUUCUACAGAGGCAUUGGCAGCGAAUGUAACAUUAAUUCAAAAUCGCUAUGGAAGAGAAAGACAAAAAACAAAACCACAGAUUAUCAAUUCAUAUAAUAAUUAUAUGGGUGGUGUAGACGAAUCGGACAAAAUGUUAUAUACCUAUCUGGACGAACGUCGUACAGUGAAGUAUUGGAAAAAAGUGACCUUCAAUAUAUUUACAAGAAUGGUAUUAAAUUCGUAUUUGUUGUACAAGGAAACUGUGGGAAGAGAAGCAAUGUCACGACUUCAAUAUAUAUCGAAUAUUAUUUCGGAAAUAGAACAUGAAUGGUUAGGAACAAGGGAAAAUGAAUUAAACAUAAGGAGGAAAAAGGUAUACGGACUAGAAAAACUACCAGGACGCAACUUGAGGCGUUGCGUAGUUUGCAGUACAAAAAACAGUACUAUAAAAAGGUCUAGACUAAUUUGUGUAGAAUGUAAAAAAGUAUCAUUCAUUACUUUUACCUAAAAUGGAGUGGUAACCGUAAAGUCGCGCAUCGACAAAAACCGAGCGUGUUGCGGUUAUCGGUUUCGCAGCCUAGAGCGCUGGCACUGUUCGAGAGAC